AUGCCAACAACGAAUAAACCCACGAUUGACCAAGCCGUGACAUUAAAAUUUCAGCAUCUCAAAGAUACGGUAGUAGAAUGGGGUAUCUAUUCUAAAGACGACCUUCGCAUAACAAUAAAAUACAAAGAUUACCAACAAGCUUUCCCAAAACUUGGAUGUUACAAGAAAUAUUACAAAUAUCAAGCAAAGAUCAAGACGCACGAGAAAUGUUUGGUGGAGGGGGGGUGGGAAAAGGAUCAAGAAGGUGCUCUAGAGGCUCUAGACAUAUCCAUAGGGAAAAUGAACGCGCGGAAGAUGAAUGAGAAGAGCGAGAGGGAGAAGGAUAAAAAGCAGCUAGAGGAGGCUGAAAAGAAGUGGGCGGAGGAGAUAAAGGAGAAUCAAAAUAGGAAGAAGGAGGCUGUAAAGAAGUGGGUGGAGGAGACGGAGGAGUGUACAAAGACAGGGAAAGAGAGGGAGGAAUGA